AUGUUCGAACGCCACGCAGAGGCCGCCGAUGAUGGGGCGGGCGGAGGGGGCCGGAACGAGGACGACAUGGUUCACAGCGCCAAGAUGGGAGGUGCCCUCAAGAUUCUGGAGCGGAUGGUAAACCAGAACGCGGAGGACGAGAUCUUCCAAGACUUCAAGUACUGGGAGGACGCAUCGGAUCAUUUCCGUGAGGGCGAGGGAUCUUUGCUCCCCCUGUGGCGCUUCAGCACGGACAGGACCAAGAGGAAGCAGGUGACGGCCCUAGCGUGGAACCCGCAGUACCCUGAUCUGUUCGCGGCAGCCUACGGCAGCUACGACUUCAUGCGCCAGGGCAGCGGGAUGGUGUGUUGCUUCAGCUUGAAAAACACCAGCCACCCGGAGUACACCUUCGGCACCGAGAGCGGGGUUAUGUGCCUCGACUUCCACCCGGUGCACAACUCCUUGCUGGCGGUUGGCUGCCACGACGGCACCGUCAUGGUUUUCGACGUCAGACACAAAGCGAACCGCCCCAUCUACUCCUCUAGCAUCAAGACGGGCAAGCACACGGACCCCGUGUGGCAGGUGUAUUGGCAAAGUGACGACCAGCCCAAGGAGCUGAACUUUUUCAGCAUUUCCUCCGACGGCCGGGUGGCCAGUUGGGUCAUGUCCAAGAACGAGCUUAAAAUGGAGCCGGUCAUGCAGCUCAAACUCGUCAACACUAUCAAGGACGACCCGGAGGAGACCUCUCUCUCCGGGCUGGCUGGGGGCUGCUGCUUCGACUUCAACCGGCACAGCGAGCACCUCUUCCUCGUGGGCACCGAGGAAGGGAAGAUCCACAAGUGCUCAAAGGCGUACAGCGGGCAGUAUCUCGAGACGUACGAGGGGCACAACAUGGCCGUCUACACGCUCAGGUUCGCAGAAAGGAGGGGAGAAGGAUAG